AUGUCGCACAAGCAGAUUUACUAUUUGGACAAAUACGAUGACAAGGAGUUCGAGUACUGGCAUGUCAUGUUGCCCAAGGACACAGCCAAGCUGAUCCCUAAAACCCAUUUGAUGUCUGAAUCUGAAGGGAGCAAUCUUGGCCUUCAGCAGACUCAGGGAUGGGUCCAUUAUAUGAUCCAUGAACCAGAACCUCACAUCUUGCUGUUCCGGUGGCCACUGCCCAAGAAGCCAAAGAAAUGA